AUGGAUAGGUGGGAGUCAUUGUGCGGUACUCCUACCGAUGAGUACAGCGAACCGCCCAGUCCAAUGUGGGACAGCCACACCGGUGUUACUACAGAUCUUAAAGGUGGAUUAGACCGGUUCGAAAAGCCUACAGUCUCAUGUACCACGCGUCCAGUACAUGGUGACACGUUCUCGGUAACCGACAACAUGUCCAAAAGCAACAUCGAAGCACAGGGGGAGAUUCAAGCGCCAGAUUUGUGGAAGCCGCAAAAGAAAGAGUUGGUGAUCAUGAUCAGCUUGAGCUUCAUAUCGCUGAUGGUAGCGCUGGAUGCUACAAUCUUAGUCACAGUAUUACCUGUGAUUGCUCAGAAGCUGAAUGGUACUGCAGCUGAAGCCUUCUGGACAGGAACGUCAUACCUGCUCACCUCGGCCAUCUUCCAACCAGUCAUCGCAUCGAUCUCCGCUGUUUUUGGUCGGCAACAACUCCUCAUCACUUCGCUACUCUUCUUCACCAUCGGUACCAUCCUAUGUUCGGUAGCAGACAACUUUACUACGCUGCUCGGAGGGAGAUGCAUUCAAGGAAUUGGCGGCGGUGGAAUUGUAACGUUAACGCAAGUCAUCUUUUGCGACAUCGUACCCUUGAGACAACGCCCGAAGUACUUCUCUAUGGUUCUUGGGUGUUGGAGUAUCGGGUCGAUCGUCGGUCCAGUAGUCGGUGGUAAGCUUGUGGAAAGCACAUCUUGGCGAUGGGCAUUUCACAUCAAUUAUCCAUUCUGCGCAAUCGGCUUCGUUGUAGCGAUCUUCUUCGUGCAACUUGAUGCUGUGGCGAAGCUCACGCUUCAGGAAAAGCUCAAGCGAGUUGACUGGCUGGGUGCGGUGCUCUUCGUUGGCAGCAUGACGAGCUUGUUGAUUGGAAUAUCUUGGGGUGGCAUCCAACAUCCCUGGGACUCAUCUGCAACUCUUGCACCCAUCAUCGUGGGACUUGUUGGGACCGUUGUGUUCGUCUUCUGGGAGUUUUACAGGAAAGACCACACUCUAUUGCCGUUGGCAGUCUUUGGGAGUUGGAGCGCAAUUGCCGCCUUCUACAAUUCGCUGGUCAAUGGUCUGCUCCUCUUCACGACCUUGUACUACUGGCCAUUUUAUGACAUGAGUGUUCGCGGAAGAUAUCCAACUCAAGCAGGUGUCGACAUGUUGCCAGUCUGCCUGCUCACAGUUCCUAGCUCUGUCGUGGUGUCAGUCUUAACCACGCGUUUGGGCCGGUUCCGAUGGGCGAUUUGGGGUGGUUGGGUGAUCACUACGCUUGCAUGCGGAUUGCAGAUCAUCCUCGAUGUGCAUUCAACGACUGUGGUUACAUCAAUUUUUCUUGCCGUUCUGGGUAUCGGUAUGGGCAUGGUACUCACAAGCCUUAACGUCGGCAUUCAGGCUAUCUCCAAGCCGGAGGACGCAGCGAUGGCAGCGAGUAUGUAUGGCUUUCUUCGAAGUUUAGGAAUGCCGCUCGGUGUCGCCCUUUCAGGAACAAUCUUCACAAACUCCAUGUCGGACAAGCUCUCCGAGCUUGGUCUGCCUACAGCUAUCGCUCAUGAUUCCGAGCAAUACAUCUUCGUCUUACGCACCAUGGCAGACACUCCACAGAAGAGUGCCAUCUUGUCAGCGUAUAUGAGAGGCUUCGAUUCGGUUUUCGUCAUGACCACAGCUGUCUCAGCUAGUGCCUUACUCGUUAGCUUCGUCAUCAGAAAGUACAGUAUGGACAAGAUCCUGAUCGCACAAUUCUCCGCGAGAUGA